AUGCGGGUCAAGGUGAUUCCUUCAAAACCAACGGACCACUCCGACCCACUUCCCUCCCACGCCGUCACGUGCGUCGCGCGACUGCUGGUAUUUACCUAUGGGCCUAUGGAGGAAAGGGAUAGGAUGAGAAUAGAAUACCUAAACAAUAAAAUUUGGAGGGAUGACACAGUUUGUGUGAACAUGUUAAGACUUAAUAGAGACAAGUUCUUUCGGUUGUGCAGUCUUUUUAGAGAUCGUGGUUUGCUUAAAGAUACCAUUCACGUGUGUGUUGAGCAACAAGUGGGCAUGUUUCUAAAUACAGUGGGACACAAUCUUAGGAAUAGGUUAGUUGGAACUAAUUUUGAUAGAUCGGGAGAAACAGUUAGCCAUUAUUUCAACAAAGCACUCCAUGCUAUUGGUCAGUUACGGGGGGAAUUAAUUAAACCCCCAUCCUUGGACACUCCAAGCAAAAUUGCAGGGAACUACAGAUGGGAUCCAUACUUUAAGGAUUGUAUUGGAGCAAUUGAUGGUACACAUGUAAGAGCAUUUGUUCCUAAGGAUAUUGAGAAUUCAUUUCGUGGUAGGAAGUCUCAUGCCACACAAAAUGUUAUGGCAGCCGUAGAUUUUGAUCUACGGUUCACUUAUGUCUUGGCUGGUUGGGAGGGGGCAGCACACGAUGCUCUAGUUUUACGAAAUGCUUUAGAAUGUGAGAAUGGUCUUCGUGUUCCACAAGGCAAAUACUACCUAGUUGAUGCUGGAUAUGGAGCAAAGCCGGGAUUCUUGCCCCCUUUCCGUGGCGUCCGGUACCACUUGAAAGAAUGGGGGAGGGGGAGUAAUCCGGUGCAAAAUGAGAAGGAGUUGUUCAACCUUAGACAUUCCUCUCUUCAGGUCACAGUAGAGCGUGCAUUUGGGGCACUAAAGAGAAGAUUCAAAAUUCUUGAUGAUGCCAUCCCAUUCUUCCCUUUUCCAACUCAAGUAGAUGUUGUUGCUUGCUGCAUCAUUCAUAAUUGGGUCAUACAAGAUGGGGUAAGAUGGGGUUGAUGAUUUUUUUUUCGAGGACUAUCCAAGCUAUGAACAAGCUUCAACAGUCACUGGACAAGCAAAUGACCAUGCUGCUAUGGUUCAUUUCAGGCAACAAAUUGCUGAUCAGAUGUGGUCAGAUCGUCAAAACAACAAUGUUAACUAAUAUUGUUUGAUGUAUUU